CAACAUGCACACUCAUCUUUCACCCUAUAAAAGUGCAGCAAUUUAUUCACUAUCCAUUCACACAAACACCCACAGAAUACUUGGACAUUACUUUUUCCAAAGAAAAAAAAGCACUUGUUUUAAGCGCUCUUUCAUAUAUUGUUGAGAGUGAUGGAACCAUCAAAAUAUAUUGUAAUUGUAUUCUUGGCAAUAACAUGUUUUAGUGCAGUGUCAUGGGCAAGAAAUGUGGAUUAUGAAGAGGCAGUGAGGGGUGAAUGUUCUUACACAAGAUAUCCAACAUUGUGUGGCGAAACUUUGACACAAUUAGGGUCACAUGAUCGAAAUAUUGACUUUUUGUCUAUCCUUGUUAACGACACCAUUUCACAGACCAAGAUGCCCGAUACCAAUUCCUACGCCUCCUCUAAUUCCAUCUCGCCCAAUUCUCAACUCAUCCAAACUGCCACAGACUACUGCGACGAACUGAUGGAGAUGUCGGUGAAACGAUUGAAGCAAGCGAUGGAGCUAGUCCAAAAAUCACCGAAGAAGCACAAAGCCGACAUCCAAACAUGGCUUAGCGCGGCUCUAACGUUCCAAGAAGCGUGCAGAGACACGAUCGAAGAGCACGUGGCGGCGGACGCGCACGCGGCCGAGAUUUACAAGAGAAUCGAUCAUCUUUCGAAACUGGGCAGCAACUCCCUGGCCCUAGCUAACCGGAUCAGCGGAGGGCCGGCGGGGCGGAGGCUUCUUGAAGGGGGAGACUUUCCGGCGUGGGUGACGGGCAGCGAGAGAAGGUUGCUCCAGAGUGCGGCGGUGACGGCGAAUGCAGUGGUUGCCAAGGACGGGAGUGGGGAUUUCAAGAGUGUGGGAGAGGCGAUAAACGCGGCGGCGGGAGGUCGUUAUGUGAUAUAUGUGAAGGCUGGGACUUAUAACGAGAAAAUCAGUACUAAUAAAGAUGGGAUUACGUUGAUUGGUGAUGGCAAAUACGCUACCGUCAUCACUGCUGGAAGUAGCGUCGGCGAGGGCGCUUCUCUCAAGGGCUCUGCUACUUUUACCGUACGCGGAGACGGAUUCAUAGCUCGGGAUAUUGGGUUCGCGAACACGGCGGGGGCGGAGGGGCACCAGGCUAUCGCGCUGGCCAUCGCCUCUGACCGCUCCGUGCUCUACCGCUGCAGCAUCGCCGGCUACCAGGACACCCUCUACGCUCUCUCCCUCCGCCAGUUCUACCGCGAGUGCGACAUCCACGGCACCAUCGACUUCAUCUUCGGCAACGCCGCCGCCGUCCUGCAAAGCUGCAACCUCAUCUACCGCCGCCCCCGCAGCGGCGCCUCCUUCAACGCCAUCCUUGCCAACGGCCGCUCCGACCCGGGCCAGAACACCGGCUUCUCCGUGCAAAACUGCAGGAUCUCGGUGGGCUCGGACUUCUCCGCCGCCAAGAAAUCCUUCGCCUUGUACCUCGGGCGGCCGUGGAAGGCCUACUCGAGGGCCGUCGUGAUGCAGAGCAACAUCGCCGGCCAGGUCUCGCCGCGCGGCUGGGUGGAGUGGGAGGGCUCCAGCGGCUCCACUUACAAGACGCUCUAUUUUGCCGAGUACGGGAAUAUGGGGCCCGGCGCCGCCACCUCCGGCAGGGUGAGCUGGCCGGGGUUUCAUGUUAUGGGCACGCCGGAGGCUACAAAGUUUACGGUGGCUAACUUCAUCGGCGGGACCUCUUGGCUGCCGUCUACCGGCGUUGCGUUCGACGCCGGCCUUUGAAUGUUAUGUGUGUGUGUGUGUGGUGGGCUGUGUAUACUAAUUAAAGUUCAUGGAAAGCUAUAAAGUGUAAAUGGAUUUUUAUAUAGUUUAAACCUGUGUUACUUUGAACUUUGUGGAUGCGCUGAUGAAGACAGAUGGUAGAUUGUAUUAGGUACUGUUUCUGUAUUUUAUUUUUCAUUUGUUGUAAAUUUUACAUGACAUGUCUAUUAUUCGAAAUUUCGAAGUACUGAAAUGUGAAAAGUUCGAAAUUUCUGUUUA